AUGCAGUACAACCCAUUGUUUGCCCUGGCAUUGGUCCCUUUUGUGAUAUCAAAUUUUCUUACAGAAGCGACGAGCAACAUCGGGAGCGAUGACAAUAAUCUCAUCGCCAUCUUUCGUCCUGUCUUGACGCCAGGUGCGCAGAUCUUUCUCCUGUCCGACAGUGACUACGACAACAAUGUGAUGCCUCGAUGGUCAACGUUCAAGGACCCGUCCUACGUCGCCACUAUUAAACCGGCGACCGAGGAAGAUGUACAAGCAAUUGUUUCAACCGCUACGUCUCACAAUAUCACCUUUUUCGCAACGGGUGGCGGACAUGGCGUAAAGUUGGACUUCGAUAAUGUACAAAAUGCCGUAAAUAUCGAACUGAGCAAUCUCAAGUCUGUCGACUUGGAUCUUGAGAACGAUUUGGUCACCAUCGGACCCGGAGUGGAAAAUUCUCUGCUUUACGACCUUCUGUCCUCCGUCGGAAAAGAGACAGCACUGACGACCGAGCGCUGCAUUAACACAAUUGGCCCAACGCUCGGGGGAGGGUUGGGCGCUCUGUAUGGACUUCGUGGUCCGCUGGUAGACUCGCUCGUGUCCGCUCGCCUGGUAACAGCUUCCGGAGACGUGGUGACUGUCUCCAGUAGCGAGAAUCGCGACCUUUUCUGGGCGAUCCGUGGUGCUGGUGCAAACUUUGGUAUCGUCACAUCUGCCACCUACAAGAUAUACGACCAGACCAAUGGUGGAAUGGGUGUGUCCGCCGAGUUCGCCUUCUCGCCGGCCGCUAAUCGCUCGUUAUUUGACCUGAUGGAAUCCAUGAAUGACAAGUAUCCCCCAGAGCUGGCCGGGGGCAUUGCAGUCAGCUAUAAUCAUACCACCAGCGAGCCCACUAUCGAAUGGAAUUUCCAGUUCACGGGGUCCAACGAAGCUGCUCAGCCGUGGCUUGACAAGUUACAGGCCCUGGGCCCGAUCAAGACGAAUAUCCGGAACGUCCCAUGGCAUCGCCGGGAUGAACCUGAUUCGCCGUACUGCGCGAGAGGGGACCACCGUAUGAUCUACAACCUGAACCUCAAAAGAACAGACGCAACCACCCUGCAGUUCUACUUUGAAAGCGUCGCCGACUUUUCCGCCGAAAAUCCCUGGUUUGAAUGUGUCUUGAUGUUCGAGCGGCAGGCUACCGACGCCGCGCUGGCAGUGCCGAUACGCGAGAGGGGAGUAGGGCCAUGGCGCGACAGCAAAAUCAAUGCGAACUUUGUCGUGAAGAUUCCCUCCCAGGAGUAUGAUGAGGCUGUUGAUGCCUUCCUACGGCCGACCAGAGAGCAGUUCCAGGCAACCAUGGGCUUCGACACUCUACGUGUGUACGUCAACGAGGCUUUGGGUGACGAAGGUCCUGCUGCAUGGUAUGGGCAGCACAACCUCCCGAGACUUGUUGCGCUGAAACAACGAUGGGAUCCCAACAAUCAGUUUGGAGCCGGGGCUCCCAUUCCGCUGAGUCUCUAG